ACUGGAUCUGGUGACUGUUCCAUCUAGAGAAGUUAGACAGUACAAACUGCAGUACGUCUGCUGUGACGGGGAUACGGAAUGCAAAGAAGCUGACAACGUCCACGCCCCCGGCUUUGACACCACAGACGAGAAAUUUCUGGCUAUAGUUCUCGGUUCAACAGCGGCCUGUGUCGUUAUCAUCAUCAUCAUCUUCGCUGUCACCUUCUACACCAAGAAAUCCAGGUGCCAGACAAUUUGCGAUCAAGAAAAUCACGUGUAUGCAAGUGCAGGUAAAAUUAUUCAUGAUUUUAUAUUUUUUUCCUUAUCAUUCACAGAAGUCGAAGAUGUUCCAGAUCCUAACGCAGAAGAGAAACAUCAACCUGAAGAUAUAGAGGGCGAGAAAGACUACAAAUGCAGCGAUGCAGAAUACGCUGAAAUUUGCGACUCCAGACUUCCAAGAUAUACUGACAUUUUUAAGGACAGCGUAGAUGAAAAAGGGAGCCCAUUCAACAAAGCUACAGCACCACCUAUGUAUUCUGCCGUGAACCCUAAGGAAUAUAUUAACACUGAGAUAACACCCACCGCUCCUGCAGAUGAUGUCAUGGUUGUUUCAGGGGCAGAGCCAAACUUAAAGGGUGAGUUCGUUAGGGAGGUGAAACAGAAAAAUCAUAGUGGCUCUGUGUUUGAGAAAGAGAAUAAUGAAAGAGAUGUGUUGUAUUAUAAUGUUGGUGAAAAGAUGGAAAAGAAAAGAAACUCUGGGGGUUUCGAAGAAUGUGCAAGUACAACAAAAGUUGACAGAAGUAAUAUAAAAAUGGAUGUGAAAGGAGAGGCAAAAGUGUCAGGUAAAACUGCCAGCAUAAGUCUUAGGAAUAGUAAUAGACAGAGCAAACAGAACAAUCCUUCUUCACUGGAGAUGAUGGUUAAAAGUUCAAGUGCCUCGGAAACUAUAGGAAAGAUAUCGGAGACAGCUUUGUCGAAACAAAAACGUCGCUCUGCUCCUCCUGGAUCAAUAGAUGCAUCAUCAGUGGGUUAUAUGUACGGUCAUCAAGGCUCUUUACGAUCUGCUUCAUCCUCGACUGUGAUCCGAUCUAGCUCAAAUAAUACAUGUACGGUGAUUCAUGAGGCCGCGCCCUUGUCACAGAGAGACAGUGACAAACGUCAAAAGACGAAGAACUCCAGGGAAAAUCUUCAACAUAAUUCCGUCCGCAAGACUAGCCAAGGAAGCAGUUUGUCACAAGUUGGACACAGCUUGAAAAAGAGCUCAUCCCACAGUUUAUCAAUCAGAGAUCUGAAGACUUCAAACAGAGCUGGUUCUCCGCCAAAAGACUUGGAAGAUGACUCCGAACCUGCACCUGCCACAGAGAAUGAUUCUCUCCUUCGUUCGUCGUCAUGCCAUUCAGGCUGCGGAGACGGCAACGCUUUCACCGACUGCGAGCACUGCUCCAAGUACGACAGGAUUAACCGGCAGCCUGAUCCAGAAACUUGCAGCCUCCACAUUUACCAGUGUCUAGACGAAGUCCGGAAAGAGUGCGAAGGACUCAGAGCUGCUUCUGCAGCUGCAGGACUGAAAACUCUGGGCCUAGAAACCAGUGUUAUAAAUAAUGAAUCUUCAGGAUCUUCAAGCCAAACAAUGAACUCAACGCGGCAACUACAGUGUUGA